AUGUUUGGCGGUGAGGAACAUCGUCGUCGUGAAGAAGGAUUUGGUGGCGGAGGUUUUGGUGGUGGAAUGGGCGGUAUGGGUGGAGGUUUUGGUGAUCCAUACGGUGGUGGUAUGGGAGGUAUGGGCGGUAUGGGUGGAGGUUUUGGAGAUCCAUACGGUGGUGGAAUGGGUGGUGGUUUUGGAGAUCCAUACGGUGGCAUGGGCGGUAUGGGUGGUGGUUAUGGAUCAUCUUAUGGAUAUGGUUAUUAG